UUUUUUUUUUUACUUUUAUGACUGAACAUACCACCUGUAACGGCAGUCAUGUUGUAAUCUCCAACAACUUGAAUGACAUUGAACAGCAAACGGAAAAAGAAUUAGACCAACAACCAGAAAACGAAGAAGUAUCGAUUGAUUUCGAAGAGACAAUUGAAUCCACCAUUCAUAGUAAUACAUUCAAUGAACAGCCAUCACUUAAAAAUAACCAUGACGACGAUGAAGAAAAAGAAGACGAUGAUCUCUCAGAUACCAACACGAUCUUUGCAAGAAAACAACGACGGAAAUUGAUGAUUCGGAGGAUCAGCUAUAUGAUUAUUAUGAAUGCAGCUAUUCCUAUUGCUUUAUAUUACAUUUUGAAACAACAUAUUGCUGCUGUUUGGGCCUUGGUUUUAUCAAGUACACCUACUAUUUUGUCUGUCAUUGUUCAAGCUCUUUUUAUGCGUCGUGUUGAUUCCUUUGGUAUUGCUGUUAUAUUUGGAUUUAUAUUAUCUGUCAUUUUGGCAUCUACAAAUGGUGAUCCCAAAUUAUUAUUAUUACGUGAAUCCUUUGUAACGGCUGGUGUAGGCAUAGUAUGUGCCAUCACAUUAAUACCCAUUCGAAUACGGAACUUUGUUAUGAAACCAGUAUUAUAUUAUUUAGCAAGAGACCUGAUCCCUUUACGACCUGUUGAAUUCCAAGAUCCUGAAAAGAAAUCUCAAGAACGGAUAUUAUUUUAUUGGCAUCAUUCAUCCUUUUUUCGGACCCAUUUACGUAUCCUUACCGCCAUUGAUAUUGUCAUAUUGGAGUUGGAAUUUGGACUCAAGUUGUUUUAUAUCUUACAGUUUGAACUGGAUACUGUGGUCAUCCUUAGCAAUUCAAGUCUAUCCGCCAUUGGUGUCUUGGUCUUUUUAUUUACUUUGUGGUAUAUUCUAUGGAUCCGAAAAUAUCUUCGUAAGGAUGAACCUACCAUGUUAAAAGCUGCUGAUGCAAUCAAAUAGGGCAAUAGAUUUUUUGAUUAGUUUUAUUAUUACCAUAUCAUUUUUUUUUUUUUUUG